AUGCGGCCGUAUGUUGUGCAGGGCCACUCGCGGCCCGUCACUUGGGUUGUUUACAAUCGGGAAGGCGAUCUGCUGGUCACAUGCGCUAGGGACAAAGAGGUUUGCCUCUGGUUCCAAGAAGACGGCACCAGGUUGGGCAGUUUCCAAGGGCACGAUGGGGUGGUGUACACCGCGGAUAUUGCAAGUGAUUCUGAGAGGCUUCUGACAGCUUCAGGCGAUGGGACUACUCGUUUGUGGCAGAUGGAGACUGGCAAAGAACUAUUUGAGUGGCAUUCAAGCUCACGGGAACCAUGCAGAGCUGUGAGUUUUGCCGUUGGCGAGCGCCUGGCUGCAUUCUCAACAGAUCCCUUUGGAAACAACCCACCUGGGUUUCACAUUGUUCGUGUUGAGGAAGACAUGCUUGACCAAACCGAGGAAAAAUUGGUGUCUGAGAUCAUUCAGACGAGGAUCUACCGGCUUGGCUGGACAGAUCAGAAUCGGGUCAUUGUCACUGCACAAGAGGAUGGGUUUGUGAGGAGGUGGGACGUGGAGACAGGGAAGAUCAUCUUUGAGAAUCGCAUUCAUGCAGAGCAAAUCAAUGACUUGAGGUUCUCUGGAGAUGGCACUCACUUCAUCACAGGAUCAAGUGACAAGACUGCCAAGCUGGUGGACACCCGGACACUUGAGGUGUUGAAGACAUAUAAAUCUGGGACGCCCGUCAAUGCAGUGGAUAUGUCACCACUGAUGGACCAUGUCGUCUUGGGAGGCGGGCAAGAUGCAGCUGAUGUGACAACAACAGCUGCCCAAGCGGGCAACUUCUCUGCAAAGUUUUAUCACAAGCUUUACGAGGAGGAGUUUGGCACCGUUAGGGGACAUUUUGGGCCCCUCAACUCCGUGGCUUUCCAUCCGUCUGGCCGAGGGUUCACGACGGGAGGAGAGGAUGGUUUCGUGAGGAUACACCACUUUGAUGACGACUACUUCACCACAAAAUUCUUCUAA